AUGGCACGUGUAGCUUAUCCUCGAGUUACCAGUGGGAGUCGAGACCUGGACAACAUUCACGGGCUGGUGGAGGGCAUGGAUACCAAGCUCGCAUCGCUCGAGCAGAAGCAGGACAUUGCCACACGGGGAGUGCUGCUGCUGUGCAGCUUUGUGAGCAGAGGGCUGCAGGGCAACCCUGGCAACCAGGAGCUGCUGAAGGGCCGGGCGGACAUGUCUCAAAUGGCCGUGCCACAGGGCCUGGCGGACAUGUCACAGAUGGCCGUGCCUCAGCUUGCUGCGGGGAAGGGCGCGCCAGCAGGGGGGGCAGUGGGGCUAUCAGGGCUGAAGGAGCUUGAAUUCAUCUCGUCUGCUUUGGAAUCUUCCGUGCACCAUACAGGUAAGGGUGCAGGUGGGAGUGGUGCUUCAGGGGAGGGGUGGGAAGUACUGAUGUUACUGCUUGGAGGGGGGGGGGGAUGGGGGGUUCGGGAAGCAGUGGGGCUGUCUGGGCUCAAGGAGCUUGAGUUCCUCUCGUCUGCCCUCGAGUCCUCUCCUUGGUGCACCACUCAGGUGGGAAGUACUGAUGUUACUGCUUGGAGGGGGGGGGGAUGGGGGGUUCGGGAAGCAGUGGGGCUGUCUGGGCUCAAGGAGCUUGAGUUUCUCCCAACUGCUCUCGAGUCCUCGGUGCACCUCUCAAGUGGGGGUGUGGGUGUGUUGCUGGUGAAAUUGUUGGUAGUGGUGCUUCUGUGGGUGGGGCAGUGGGGCAGUGGGGCAGUGGGGCCAUUUCUCUGUCGGGGCUGA